UCAUGGGGCCCCCGGGCAAUAGGGGAUCAUGGGGCCCCUGUGUCCUUGCAUAAACUCAAAAAAGCCUUAUGAAAAAGGUACCAGGGGCAUCUCAUGGGGCCCCCUACUGACCCUGGGCUCUCGGGCAGUGCCCGAGUUUCCAAAUGGUCAGUCCGUCCCUGUGAUACUUGGUGAUCGCUGGGGGCUGUAAAAAUAGGGUGACACAAUCAAUGAUCCACGCUAAGGUCAAAGCUAUACUUCAAGAUAGAGUCACAAAAUAUUCUAAGAUCCGGUAGUCAUGGGUAGAACUCUACCUCCCUCCAAACUUUGAUGCUACAUUACUGCU